UUUCUCUGUCAAAAUGCACGCAAAAUUAUUGAUUUUCUCAAUAAUUUUCGGAAUUAUCGAAUCGGCGACAAUUGGCAAACUUCUCCAGGUUCCUGACAAGGAUCCGACCCUAAAAGCGUUGGUCUACAAAGAAGCCCUGCCAAAAGCUAACCAAAAGCUGCACGAUACCGUAUACUGGGUGCCAGCUACCACGCAAUUCUCGGCUCGGAGGAUUACUGUAAUGAACCAGGGGAAGUUGUAUUCCACGUGGACUUAUGACAUGUUGCUCCAAAGAAGUGAUUGCUCGAGUAGAAGCACCCCACUCGCAGAUCUUCCCGGCUGCAAAGCCAACACGUCUUCUCCAAAAACGCUGUGUAGCGUCCAUACAUCAUUAUUUGAUAACGACCUUGGCUCUGCGGAGUCUGAAGUUUAUUGCACAAAAUCUUAAUAAAAUUAUUUUACUUUUCAA